UCUUUCCUCCCUAGCUAGCUCUAACAAUAUAUAUACACAUAGAUACACACCUUAGUGGCUCUCUAUCUAUAAAUAAAAAAAUAGUUAGGUUGAUGAAUUGAUAUACAUUGAGAUGGGGCUUCGAGACAUAGGAGCAUCACUUCCACCAGGGUUCAGAUUCUACCCGAGUGAUGAGGAAUUGGUUUGCCAUUAUCUUUAUAAGAAGAUCACAAACCAGCAACUUCUUAAAGGCACUCUUGUUGAGAUUGAUUUACACAUAUGCGAGCCAUGGCAGCUUCCAAAGGUGGCAAAGCUAAAUGCAAAUGAAUGGUACUUCUUCAGCUUCAGAGACAGGAAAUAUGCGACGGGGUUCAGAACGAACAGAGCGACGACAAGUGGUUAUUGGAAAGCAACGGGGAAGGAUCGAACGGUGCAGGAUCCACUUACGCAAGAGGUUGUAGGGAUGCGCAAGACUCUGGUGUUCUACCGGAACAGAGCUCCCAAUGGCAUCAAAACUGGCUGGAUCAUGCAUGAGUUUCGGUUGGAGACCCCACACAUGCCCCCUAAGGAAGAUUGGGUGUUGUGUAGAGUGUUCCACAAAAGCAAAGAAGAAAACAGUGGCAAACUUAUCAUGUAUGAUUCCAUUUCCACACAUCAUGAAUCAUCAAACUCUAUGGCAUUGGUAUCAACCCAUCAUUUGAACCCCAUCAACAACCAUAAUGCCAUGAAUAAUUUCCUUCAUCACUUCUCAUCAUCAAGGGAUGAUAGUCAAACAAAUAACGCCAAUAAUAAUAAUAAUAAUAGUCCCAAGGGUUAUGAUGGAUAUGGCUUCAUAUGGGAUCACAUGGAUCUUGAAGAUCAUAGUGUGCCCUCAUCAGACUUCCAGGUCGACAAUAAUAAUAAUAAUAAUAAUAUUGCAUUGCUAUAAGAAGCUAAGAUACUAAUUAGGUGUAUUAUUGUAUUAUUUGUAAAUAUGCAUAUUGUAUAUGGAAAGUGUGAAGAAUUCGUUGUUGUAUGUAUUGAUUAUGGUGUGUGUGUGUGUGGCUUCGAGUGGCCAAGUCACGUGAUAUGUACUAUAUUAUGCAUAUAUAUGCUCGUUGUGUAAUUAGUAGUGUUAGUGUACGUAUUAUUGGAUUAAUUAGGCUCUUUAUAAUUUUCU